CUCUCAGGGACCCACACUUGUUUCAGGAAAAGCGCCUGAACAUAUUUUCUCUCUCGCGAGCUGAACGACAGGACGGCCGCGUCGGUGCCAGGGAGAAGGCGUAGACUUCCUCCAAACAUUUCCUCCGCCAUCUCCGCUCUCGAGACUCUACGUUUGGUGGAAUCUUUGUCACGAGAGGAGAAGUUGUUGUUGUUUUUUUACCUGCUGUUUCUUUCACCAAAAACCACCUGGUUGUUUCUUUCCUUGAGAGGGAGUCCAGCUUUUCCUCCAACAUCAGAACUUGUUUUGCAGACAUGGACUGGGGAACAGAUCUGUGGGACCAGUAUGAUCACAUUGAAAAGCAUACGCAGUCAGGCCACGACCUGGUGGAUCGUUACAUUAAGUUUGUGAGGGAACGGACAGAAAUAGAGCAGAACUAUGCCAAACAACUCAGGAGUCUGUCAAGGAAAUAUGCCAAACGAGGGAGCAAGGAAGAGCAAGACUGCAAAUUCAGCAAUCACGCAUCCCUUCAGGAGAUCCUGAACGAGCUGAACGAUUAUGCUGGCCAACGGGAGCUCAUAGCUGAAAACAUGAUGACCGGCAUCUGUGUGGAACUCACCAAGUACCUUCAAGAUUUAAAACUGGAACGCAAAACACACCUGUCUGAUGCCAAGAAGGCCCAGCAGAUUUUAGAGAUCAGCUUAAAAAACCUAGAAAGUACUAAGAAGCGCUUUGCCAAGGAGUGGGCGGAGGCUGAAAAAGCAACACAACAAGCAGAGAAAAUAGAAAAUGACCUUAAUGCCACCAGGCUUGAUGUAGAGAAGGCCAAGCAACAUGCCCAUGCCCGCACACAUACAGCGGAGGAGUGCAGGAACGACUAUGCCGCACAGCUCCAGAAAUACAACAAGGAACAAAACUUCUUCUACUACUCAGAGAUACCGCAGAUCUAUAAUAAAAUGCAGGACAUGGAUGAGCGGAGAAUUCGACGGCUGGCGGAGGGAUACUGCCAGUUUGCAGACAUUGAGAAAAAGGUGCUGCCAAUCAUCACUAGGUGUUUAGACGGAAUUUCUACAGCAGGGAAGAAAAUUAAUGAGAAACAGGACUCAAUACUGUUCAUAGAGCAGCACAAGUCUGGUUUUGAGCGACCUGGAGAUGUUGAGUUUGAAGACUACACCCAAGGAAUCAAAUCUGCAACCUCUGACUCCAGUCUCAACCCUCCUAAAACUCGUGCCAAGCUCUGGCCUUUCAGCAAGAAGAACAAGCCACAUGCUGCAGAAGAUUUCUCUCACCUUCCUCCAGAGCAAAGGAAGAAGAAGCUACAGGCAAAGAUUGACGAGAUCACCAAAGAGCUGCAAAAGACACAGGAUCAAAGCGAUGCACUGGAGAAGAUGAAGGGUGUGUACGAGAAGAGUCCACAGAUGGGAGACCCCUCCAGCCUGGAGCCUCAGAUCUCAGAAACUGCCCAGAACAUUGGCCGCCUGAGGGGGGAGCUCGUCAAAUAUGAGACGUGGCUGUCAGAAGCAGUGGGAGGAGAGGAGACUUCCAAUGCCAUCAACAAUAAUACUAAACAUUGUGUUGUAGCAGCUGAACAGUCCCCAAACAUCUACACAGAGUUUGAUGACGAGUUUGACGACGUAGAAACUCCAGUCGGCCAGUGCACGGCUCUGUACACCUUCGAAGGCAACAGUGAGGGCACCGUUUCCAUUACAGAGGGAGAGAUGUUGACUAUAAUGGAGGAGGAUAAAGGAGAUGGAUGGAUGAGAGUCCUUCGAGCCAGUGGAGAAGAGGGCUAUAUACCUUCAUCCUAUGUCAAACUUGCCCCAUAACACACACACACACACACACACACUUAGAGCUUGUGAUGGGAAACAAGUAAAGAGCCAAAGGUGAAUACAAAGUCAUCCACGAUAAUUGGAGCUGCUCUUUACAUCUUUUAUCUCAGCCAGUGACGUUAUAGUGAGAUGAAAUUGAGUGAUUAGAAAGCUUGUUAUCAGUGAUGUUUGCGAUAUCAGUUACUGUCUCAAAAUGCAGAUUGUCGGAUCUUUAUAGAUUUAAGCUUUUAAAUCCAAACUUUUGAAUGUAUAUCUGAACUUUUUUGUCACAACAUUGACGACUUGUGUAACAUAUUUACCAUUAUAGUAGCUUAAAAGCUGCAGAUCUUUAUAUCCUCUCACUUGACUUUCCCACUGUCAUCUCUCAUAACCUGCUGAACUUAUUCUUUAUAAUAACACCAGCCCUCAACUAAAACUUCUUGCCUGCUAGGAUAAUGUGAUUUUUGUUUUUGUUUUUUUUUCUUCUUUAUAAUUAUGUGAUUUUUUUAUGAUUUAUGACUGGAUGAAAACCACUAUAAAGGGAGUGCACACAUUACAAUAUCUCUCAAUGGAAUGUCAUGGUAAAGGGUUCAAGUGCCUCACAAGAAUAGUGAGUUGCCCAUAUGAAUAUUGAAAUUGGUUUUGCUGGCUGCAACUAUUCCUCUUGUUCAUACAGGCCCUGAAGAUAUCCCUUCCCAGCGUGCUUCUAAUGUAAGUAAUGGGGGGGAUGCCUCAUAUUGGCUUCAAAUACACAUUGGAAUUAACAACAAACGUCCCUUAUCCCUUAUACGGGAAGCACUUUAGGAAAGCAUGUUUUCAUGCCCAGUAUGAGCAGGAAGAAUAGUUGCAGCAAGCAAAAACCGCUUCAGUGGAGAUACUGUAUGGGCAUUUUUUGUUUCCAGACAAAAAAAAUCAAGUGAACCUCAUCUUCAAGGAAAAUUGCUUUGCAAUGUUUUUGUAAAUGUAGGACAUGGUGGGUGAAAAAAAACAGUGGCAAUAAUGUUUUAAGUUAAAGACAUGAUUAAUUCUUGGCUUAAAUACCAGGUGAACUGCCUGUGUUUAAGGUUGCUGCUUCUAAGAUCAUUACAUAGUGCUGACAACAACAACAAACUAACAAUAAUAUGUGCAACUCAAAAGUGGAUAACAAGCAAUAAUUAAGUCCUUGUGUUAAUUUUUCAAUUUUAACUUUGCACAGAAAUGGCAGACUGUUUCUUCUUUGACGGUUUAUUAUGUCUACUUGUAUACUGGUGUUACACAAUUUAACCACCUGUUUUCAUAUUUUGAGCCUCCAGAUUAUCAAUCUUAUUAACCUUCUCAAACAAUGGACACGUUUGAAAACCUUUAUCAUUAUUCUGAAUUAAAAUCCAGAUGACCAGUUCAACCAAAUUUCAAAUCAAUCAAUGACACAAGGGUCGAUUUCUAAGGAAGGAAAUGGGUACCUUUAAAAUCUGAAGGAGUCCUGACGUGUUUUAUGACAUGAAAAUACUUUUUCUUUAAACAAUUUGUGUGAUAUGGUCAACUCUAAACAUACUUUAAUUUAUUUUACUCCUUUUGCCAAUCUAUGAAUAUGAAUCUCUUUUUCCUUAGCUACAUACGCUGGACACAAGUUUCUUCCUACUUCACUGAAAAGUUCACUUUUUUUAGUAAAUGUGCAUUUAAGUUUUCUAGUUUCCAUAUCACUUAUUGAACAUUCGUUUGAACAUGCCUGGAACUUGGGUUGAAGGCGAGUGCAGAGAAAUUUUCUUCUAGUGCCAAACUGCACAAUCAUAAUUCUUUAAAAACUCAUUGAGCCAUAUGUUAACCUAUUUUUAUUUUUUUGUAUCCACCACUUUAAGGGGUAUAAUUGUAUGAUCUGUUUUUAAAAGGAAAAUGUAUUUAUGUGUAUUGUAUUGUUGAGACAUAAAGUGAAAACAUGAAAGAGAUAACACAUGUCUUUUGUUUCUUUACAGUAUCAUUUAUGAGAAAUAUUACAUG